CCAUCAGCGCCGCUCAUGGUGGAUUUGCCGAACCCUCUCGAGGACUCGUGGGCUCGUGGCCGCGCCGCACUUGCACAGCAGAGAGGAGGUUAUUUUCUUUCGGGUCGACCUUCUUCCGGCGAGAUGUACGACGACUACAACAACGAGUAUGACGCCUACGACGAUUACGGGCCGUCGGACACGCACGACCAGUUCGAGCGGCCGAGCUACCGGCAGGUGCCCGAGGUGGUGCGCAACUUCCUGGUGUUCCUGCGCAACUGCAUCAACGAGGGCAUGAUCUUUGAGAUCCAGAACCUGUACGAGAACACGUUCCCCAAGAUCUCGGAGCAGCUGUUCGACAAGUCGCCGUGGCCGGACGCCACGACGAUCGCCCACAUUGUCGACAACGACGCGGUGUUCCUCACCCUCUACAAGGAGCUCUACUACCGUCACAUUUACGCGCGCAUGCAGGGCCCGACGUUGGAGCAGCGUCUCAACUCCUUCUACAACUACUGCGAUCUCUUCAACUAUAUCUUGCAUCCCGACACCCCGGUGCAACUGGAGCUGCCCGAUCAGUGGCUCUGGGAGCUCAUCGACGAAUUCGUCUACCAGUUCCAGUCGUUCGCCCAGUACCGCGCCAAUCUGUCCAACAAGACGCCGGACGAGAUCGAGAAUCUCACCGCGCACAACAAAAUCUGGGACGUUCUGUGCGUGCUGAACGUCUUGCACUACCUGGUCGACAAGUCUAAGAUAAAGAGCCAGCUGGAGGUGUACGCGAGCGGCGGCGAUCCGGAUUCCGUGGCCGGUGCCUUCGGCAGGCAUUCCCUGUACAAGAUGCUCGGCUACUUCUCCCUCGUCGGCCUCCUGAGACUGCACUCUCUGCUGGGCGACUAUUAUCAGGCCAUCAAGGUCUUGGAAAACGUGGAGCUCUACAAGAAGAGCGCGUAUUCCCACGUGCCCGGCUGCCAGAUCUCGACGGCGUAUUACGUGGGCUUCGCGUACAUGAUGAUGCGCCGUUACGCGGACGCGAUCAGAACGUUCUCCGGUAUCCUGCUGUACAUCCAACGUACAAAGCAGCUGUUCGCCACGCGUAGCUACCAGAACGACCAGAUCAACAAGCAGACGGAGCAGAUGUACCAUCUGCUCGCCAUCUGCCUGGUCCUGCAUCCCCAGUGCAUAGACGAGGGACUGCAGCAGGCCCUGCGCGACAAGAACUACCACGAGAAAAUGUACAAGAUGCAGUACGGCGACCUCACCGAAUUCGAGAAUUGCUUUAUAUUCGCCUGCCCGAAAUUCCUGUCCCUGACACCACCGAAUCCGGAUAAUCCCAACGAAGACUACGUCCGCGAGGCCAUCAAACAUCAGACCCAGGUAUUCAUGGACGAGGUGGUGCAGCAGAAGAUGCUUCCGACCAUUCGUUCCUAUUUGAAACUCUAUACGACUUUGCCGUUGAGUAAGUUGGCCACGUUUAUGGGAAACAACACCAGAUCCGACAUCGAGGGCUGGGAUCUCGACAAGGAAGUCAACGCGUUGACGAUCCACUUACUGUGUUUCAAACACAAAAUGAAGAACAUCGUUUGGACGAAAGGUACAUCGGGAUUAGACGGCAAAUUCCAAUCCGGUUCUGAGUUGGAUUUUUAUAUCGAUCACGACAUGAUUCACAUCGCCGACACGAAGGUAGCGCACCGUUACGGAGACUUUUUCAUUCGCAAGAUACUAAAGUUUGAAGAACUGAAUCGCAAAUUGCAUCAUAUAAAGAUUUAACUGUAUAUUACGCAAUUAUUAUUAAAUAUUUUAACAGUAUGUUCGCAUCAGAGAGGGAAUAAAGUUUUCAGAAGUAAA